AUGUCGCGUUUAAGCGUUGUGAUAAUUGUGUUGCUAGUGGUGCAAGGCUCCCGUAGCAUCAUAUGGCCGUGCGAGGACAACAGCGACUGUAAGGCGGAGAGCUCACACUGCUCCAUAUUUGGGUACUGCCAGUGCCCGGCCGGUUAUGUCUUCUCGACCGAUGUCACGCGCUGCCUGCCCGAGUCCGCGUAUGGCGUAGCGUGUCAGGAGGCGGUACAGUGCUCUCAUAUGCUCACCGGUGCCAAGUGCGAGGCCGGCGUUUGCACCUGUGACAGCGACUACACGUACGUACGCGGCCGCUGCCGGAAGCUGGUGGAUCUUGGCCAACCGUGCAGCGACGAUAUCGAUUGCUUCUUCAGCCACAACCGGGAGGCGGUCGUGUGUCAUCGGGGCUCCUGCGAGUGUGCCGACGGGUUCUAUCGGCGCAGCAGCAACGUCUGCCGGCGGCGUGUGACAAAUGGUGAAGAAUGCAUCGUGCACCAGGACUGUGAGGGAGAAAAUUUGCGGUGCGUGAACCAGCACUGCACCGAUGCGUCAGCACAAACAAAAUCCUUCCGCGAUGUGGCCAUACAAACGUCGGAAACUGUGGAAAACCCGAACGAAAAAAGCACACCGGCGAAAGAGACCCCCAGCCACGGUGAACCGAAGACGCGCGAUGCCGAAACGAACACGGACACUGCGGGCAGCGGCAAACGGGUACAGAUCAACACCAAACGAUCGACGAAGGAUUGUGGAAAGUGUCGCAAAUUUGGCGAUCCAUGCGUCGAUGAGGGCGUCGAGUGUCCGGAAGUGCCUUACUCGGUGUGCCGAAUGGGCCAGUGUCACUGCACGGAUGGGUACUAUAACAAGGAGGGUCGCUGUAUGGCCGAGCUUGGCGAAUACGCACACGACGAACAGUAUUGCGAGGCGGAUAUGACGUUCAGCAACAAUCGCUGCUCGUGCCGGAAUGAUCAGUUCUACGAUAAUAAUAUGCGCAUGUGCCUAAAGCCCGCCCUGGGCAUCAACACAUCCUGCACCCAGCAGAGCCAGUGUUCGCCGUACGGUGCGGCCUACUGUCCAACGGCGUCACCGAAACGAUGCACCUGCUACCCAUACGCGCAGUACGACGAGGGAACGGAGCUCUGCAUCGAAAAGCAGGGCCACGAAGCGUACUGCGAGCGGGACACGGAUUGUACGCUGGCCAACGCACGCUGCUCGGGCGAAAAGACGUGCGUCUGCAAGACGAACUACUACUACAUCGACGAGCGGUGUAAGGCGGGGAAGGGGGCGGAGUGUGACACCGAAACGGACUGCGCCUUCGAGGAGGCCGUCUGUCAAUCGGCCAACGCGUCCGAGGAUGAAAGCGUCGAUCCAAGUGAACCGAAACAGUGCAACUGCAGGAAGGGCCACCUUUACCAGCCAUCGGCCAACCGUUGCCUGAAGGAGGCCGAACAGUACGGGGACGAGUGCAGCGUGGACGAGCAGUGCCAGCCGCUGCUGGGCGAGUUGGGCCAAUGCAUGGACAGUAAAUGUCAGUGCAAUGAAAACGAGCAUCACUUCAAGGACGGCAAAUGCAACGUGAAGAUAGCUCUCGAUGCACGCUGCUCCAAAACGAGCGAGUGCUUCGUGAACGACGAACAGGACAAUGUCGAAUGUCGCAAUUCGGCUUGUCAGUGUAAGUUUGACUACUCCCCGGACGUGGAGCGGCAGAAGUGCGCUAGGCCUAGUGGCAAAAAUUCUUCCGAUCGCCCCAGUGCCCUGAAGGUGAUUACACUCAUGCUUACCAGUGCUGCCGUGCUGAUUACGGGUUCCGCUUUACGCGAUGCAUACUACGGCUAG